AUGCCUAAGUCUAGUGAUGAUCCUCUCAUAUUCAUUGCAAAUCCUGUUGAAGCAGACAUGCCAGGCCAUUGGGUUCCAUUAAGUAUAAUAAAAGUUAUAUUGGAGAGAAGCACCACAAAGGAUACCCAGUACUCGUUACUUCAAACAAAAUUUAAGAGCUUUACAACGGCUCAACCAUCAUUUACCCCUUCGACAACUCCGUCUUCCACCGUGUCAACAACUGUCGAAGUAUCAACGACCAAAAGAACUGAAGCUACAAUUAAACAGCGUACCAAACCUCAAACCAAAGCACCAACUGCAGCGCCUACAGGACUUACCGAACCAUCGACUGAAUCACCUACUACACCCACCACUGAAGCAUCUACUACACCCACCACUGAAGCAUUUACUAUACCCACCACUGAAGUACCUGCUACACCCACCACUGAAGCAUCUACUACACCCACCACUGAAUCAUCUACUACAUCCACCACUGAAGCACCUACCACACCCACCACUGAAGCAUCUACUACACCCACCACUGGAGCACCUCCUAUAUCUGCCACUGAAGCACCUACUACACCCAACACUGCAGCACCUACUACACCCACCACUGAAGCACCUACUACACGCACCACUGAAGCAGGGUGA